GUACUAAUCAUGUACAUGUACAGGUAUCAAUAUCAUACAUGUACAUUGGACUACUAAAAGCUGAUUCGUUUUUCACUUUCGGGAGAACAGUGUCUAGCAGUCGCUUGCAGUGUUUUGGUUUCUGCGUAGGACAAGUGGUCUAUGGGUGGAACAUGCUUGCAUGUAAUUAGCUGCUGUGCAUGUAUGGUACCGGUAUGCACACGUAUACAUGCGAAUCAUAGACACUCUGUACAAGAAUGGAUCAAUAAUUUGUGCUGUGUGGAAUACACAGUAAGGCAGUCCAGUACUUCUGUAUUGCGUUUUGCGUAUUGAUUGAGGAAUUAAGUGGAAGUACCGGAAUUAAAGUCUGGAGUUCAUGCACCAACGCUGGAAGUAAUGAUUGUGACAUUGUCAUCAUGACGGACCCCAAGUACCCGAUAGGCCAGCCGCUAGAAAAGGUCGAAGAGCACAAUCGGCUUGUCAGUGUCAUUGAAGAAUCAGACUCGACGUCUGUCUGCCAAAUAUUCAGAGCCAUCCAAGAUGGCAACGAUCACGAGCGUUUCAUGCAGCAUCUCAAGGCGCGCAUCCAGGAGCAUGACCGAGACAUUGAGAGGAUGUGCAACUUCCACUACCAGGGCUUUGUGGACAGCAUCGGCCAGCUGCUCAAGGUCCGAGCCAUCGCCGAGAGGCUAAAGGAGGAGGUCCUGUCGACGAAUCGGUCUCUCCAGCGUUCCGGCUUGCCCGUCAUCCAACAGGCGGAGGAUCUGGAGAGAACGCGGAAAACUCACCGGAAUAUCGUAGCAACAGUGGAACACUUACAACUUUGCUUGCCUGUUCUCCAGAUGUACUGCAAGUUGAAUGAGCAAAUGGAGAAUAAAAGAUACUACACAGCACUGAAGACAUUGGAGCAGUUGGAACACACUCAGCUCCCGCGGGUCAAGCGCUACCGGUUCUGUGAGAACAUGGCCAAGAAUAUCCCCAAGCUGCGUGAGAGCAUCAUGGAAGCCUCCAUGAGCGACUUGAAGGACUUCCUGGAGAGCAUUAGGAAGCACUCGGAUUGGAUAGGGGAGGAGGCCAUGAAACAGGUGCAGAGACGAAGCAACAUGGAGUCUUCGGUGUUUGUGAAGGGCAGCUCUGGGCCCAACAAGGAAUCCUCACUGGUGGAGGCAGACAGCACAAACCCCUUCAGUGAAGACUUCAUUGAAGAAGACGAGGAGAUCAGUCCUUUGGACAAGGUGGACUUUUCCCCAGUCUACCGAUGUCUUCACAUCUACUCAGUGCUAGGAAUGAGAGACACGUUUGAGAGUUACUAUCGCAAGCAGAGAGGGAAGCAAUCCAAGCUAGCCAUCCAGCCACACGGCAACAUGUAUGAAAACCUGAAGCAUUACAAGAAGUACUUCUAUCAAAUUUUGGGGUUCUUUGUAGUAGAGGACCACAUCCUGAACACAACGGAGGGGCUGGUAACGAGACAGUACCUAGAUGUCUUGUGGAACACCGCCCUCUCGAAGAUAGCAGCCACGUUACGAAACAACUCAGCCUACUGCACUGAUGCCACAUUGCUUCUUCAAAUUAAAGACCAGGUGGUGCUCUUCACGCAUACAUUAAAUAGUUACGGUUUCAACUCCACGCCGAUUGUAGAGCUCCUGCUUGACCUAAAAGACCAGUACAACGAGAUCCUGAUGAACACGUGGGUGCAGGUGUUUAGCGAGAUCUUUGAUAAUGAUAACUACACGGCCAUCAUCGUGGAGACAGAACAAGAGUACAACGAGAUCACCAGAACCAUUCCAUUCAGCAGUACCGAGCUGGAAAAGUUACCUUACCCGAAGAGAUUGCCCUUCUCAGAGUUCGUCCCCAAGGUCUACCAGCAGAUCAAGGAGUUCAUCUAUGCUUGCCACAAGUUCUCCCAGGACCUGCACCUGACGCAGACGGAACGAGACGACAUGAUCCGCAAGUCCACCAACAUCCUGCUCAUGCGGACGCUCAGCGGCUGCCUAACGGCACUCAUACGCAAACACAGCCUGGGAUUGAUUGAGCUCGUGCAAGUGACAGUCAACACCAUACACUUGGAGAAUGCCUGCAAGUACCUAGAGGAUUUCAUUUCAAACAUAACAGGGACAACGGGCGACAACAUCCACGCGGCCGGCCUGCAGAGCACCAACAUCUUCCGUGACGCCCGCAGCGAGGCGGAGCAGGAGAUCUACAAGAGACUCAAUGCCAAGGUGGACGACUUCCUGGAGUUGGCGUCCUAUGACUGGACCCUGGACGAGCCCAGGGGCCACGCCAGCGGGUACAUCAUGGACAUCAUCAGGUUCCUAGAGGGAAGCUUCAAGGCAUUUGUGCACCUACCUGGUAAGGUAGCCCAGACAGCCUGCUUGUCAGCAUGCAAGCACCUGUCACAAGCUCUGAUGGAUUUCCUACUGGAUAACAACAUCCGACUGAUGACCAUGGGUGCCAUUCAGCAGUUCAGCUUCGACAUUAUACAAUGCGAAUUAUUUGCCAACUCGGAGCCCGUGCCCGGCUUCCGCGAGGGCGCCCUCCAGAUGACCUUUGUGCAGCUGCGGCAGCUGCUUGACCUCUUCAUGGUCUGGGAUUGGUCCACGUACCUGGCCGACUACAACCAGCCCACCAGCAAGUACAGUCGCGUGAACCCCCACACUGCCAUCACCAUACUAGAGAAGAUGAGAGACUCUGAGAAGAAAAAGAGCAACCUCUUCACCAACUUCAAGAAGAACGACCGGGACCGUAAGAAACUCAUGGACAUGGUCCUGAAGCAGUUGAGGGCUCUUGUCAGCAGCGGACCACCCAGGGGCUAGAAGAUGGGGGGGGGGUGUGAUACACCCUGCCCACCCCAUACCCUCUUCGCCACCUUGCCCCUUCCACCCCCUCGCCCUCCCCACUCCCAAGCCAUCCCCCCCCCCCAGUUCCCCCCCCCCCUCCCAAUUCACCACCUCCUUCUUAAUCUUUGACAUAUUUCUUGAGGACGUGUGGAAUUGUGGAUACCGAUCUUGCCAAAGUCCGCUCCUACUUGCUGCCCGAGGGAAAUGAGCGUUGGGAUGGCGUGCACUGUUCAGCCGCAAGAUCGUGGAAUGACCGUCUAUUAUUUGGUUCAUGCUUCAAAAACGACUGAAGUGCAAGUCCGAUGCGAUCCCUAAUGAUUUAAAAAAAAAAAUUGUGGACGCUUUGCGCCGGAGAGUGAAAUUGGGAAAUUCAUGACAACAUAAUCGUGGUUGGAAAAAAAGGGCAUUGAUUUAUUGGAAUAUUGUACUUUGUACUAUCUGUACUUUGCU